GCAGAGAAUAUCUACGCACUCAGGCUGGUUUCCAAAGCACCCCCAACACACACACAUGUGCCUGCAUGCCUGCCACAGCUGUGAAGGAUCUGACGGCCCCUCUGCAGGUGGUUUCUGGCUUUUGGAGGACGUCUAAGGGUCACAGAAGAUGGAAGUACUACAGGGGGCUGGGGGCUGGCAAGCAGACCUGACCAUGAACCAGGGGCAGCUGACUACAAUAGAGCUGUGGUCCCUGGGAGAAAUCCUGGUCUGAUUUCUUCAUUCUACACGAGCAGAAACAGAGUCCCAGAGCAGAGAAACAACUUGCACAAAGCCACACAGGGAGUCAGCAGUGGGCAGAGACUCACCACCUGCUGACUCCCUGUGCAGUGCUCCCUGCUUCCUCCUUCCCCUUUCCCUGUGUGCCCAGUGCUCUCAUGCUGCCCCAUGGCUGCCCAGGACUGGACUGAAGACCAGAGGGGGAGUGGAGAGCUCAGCACACCUGUGGCCGAGCUGUGCUCCCUGACUGGGCCUAACUGCCCCCAACUUCUCCUUUGCUGCAUCUUCGUUCUUCUGCCAAGAGCCUGGGUGCUAUAGACUGAAUGCUCGUGUCCCCCCAAGAUUCAUAUGUUGAAACCCAUUCCCCCAGUGUGAUGGUAUUCGGAGGUGGGGGCUUUGGGAGGUGAUCAGGUCACGAGGGCAGAGCCCCCAUGAAUGGGAUCUCUUUUAUAAGGGAUCCAGAGACCCAGAGAGCUCCCUUGUCCCUUCUACCAGGUGAGGACACAGUGAGAAGACAGCCACUUGUGAACCAGGAAGUGGGCCCUCACCAGACACUGAAUCUGCAGACCUGCGAGCAGUCCGGCCCGGCCCCCAGACCCCGGAUAAAAGGCCGCGUUUACCGGAGGAUCCAGGAGAGCGCCCGCAGGCCGCCAGGAGGUGAGAAGUGAAGCCAGAGGUAGCCCAGCAGCAGCGGCCACAACAUCUGCCCACCCCUCCAACGACAUGGCCCCGCAGACAGCGCUGCCCCGCGCACUCCUGCUCCUCCUGUUCUUACACCUGUCGCCGCUAGGAGCUCGUUCCCACCCGCUGGGCGGCCUCGGCCCCGCCUCGGAACCAUCCGGAGGACAGGUGAGCAUUGAGCUGCUGGACCGUCUGCGAGACUCGGUCGCGGAGCUGCAGGCGGAGCGGAUCACCCUGCAGCCUGUCCAGCAAGGCCGUGGCCCCGCAGAAGCCUGGGAGGCCCGGGACGCCGCGCCCGCGAGCAUCCUUAGGCCCCGCAAUACAGUCCUCCAGGCCCUGCGGGGACUACGAAGCCCCAAGAUGAUGCGCAACUCGGGCUGCUUCGGGCGGAGGCUGGACCGGAUCGGCUCCCUCAGUGGCCUGGGCUGCAAUGUGCUGAGGAGGUAUUAAGAGGAAGUCCUGGCCGCAGACAUCUGCAUCUGAUUCUCCAUCAACUCUCUGAUCCCCUUUGAAGCAACUCCUAUUUAUUUAUUUAUAUUUAUUUAUUUAUUUAGAUUGUUUUAUAUAAGAUGGUUCUUACCUUUGAGCACGAAUUUGCCAUGGUGAAAUAAAGUCAACGUUACGGCUUUUUCUUUUGAAACUGAUUUGUCUGAGUGCAUUAAAAAUAAUCCAUCAUUAAAAAAAACAAAAACAAAAAACCUAAACCCUGUGUUUUCUUGAAGGUCCCAAAGGUGUCUUAAUGGCGAACGGACAUGGCC